GGUUUGUUCGGUCAAAAAAGAGAAACGAUUUGAUUAUAUAUACAUAAAAGCUAAUUUGGAGCCGAGAACGGAGAAUCUUGGAUCAUUUUGCCGCAAUCAGCGAGCCGAACAUUGCACAACCACUACAGAACAGAAAAAGCUACCCACCCAGUACCACCUCCAACCCCAGCUGUCGAAGACGAUCAGGUGUCCAAGAGGGAGAAGAUAGAAGAUCAACGCUCUGUUUCUCGGAACGGUUUUGUCUAUUUUUAUUUUUAUUUUUAUUCUCCUAUUUUGCCCCCCGUGUUUUCUUCUAUGUACUACCCCUCCCAUUCUUCCAUGGCAUCUUCGAGAUCUAUGGCCCCCUCCCUUCUUCUCCUUUUUAUUUCUGCCUUCUCUUUGUUUCAAUCGGCAUCAUCCUCAUCUGGAUUUUCGGCUUUGUGCGAUCCCUCCUCUGCUCUAUUUCUCCACUCUCUUCAAUUUCAAUGCCCUCUAUCGAUCUCCCCGAAUCCACCUCAUCAGGUGGAUGGGAAUUUCGUAGAAGGAGUUUUGUCUGGGAAAAAGAAGAUUGGUUAUGCCUCUAUUCUCUUCUAUUCUUCCCAGUGCCCGUUUUCACACAGUUUGCUUCCAAAGUUUGAAACCCUCAGUUCUAUGUUUCCUCAAGUUGAGCAUUUGGCACUUGAGCAAUCAUCAGCCUUGCCAAGCUUAUUUUCAAGGUACGGAAUCCAUAGUUUUCCAGCUAUAUUACUGGUGAACCAGACAUCAAGGUUGAGAUAUCGGGGGCCAAAAGAUCUUCUCUCACUCAUUCAAUUUUAUGAAAGGAACACGGGAAUUGGGUCAAUCCAAUAUUUUGCUGAUGAUCAAUGGCAAAGCUCACGGAGUGGGAGAAAAUCAACUAUGAAGUCAUUGACGAGCUUGUCAUUGGAAGAAAUCACGAGCCGGGAGCCUUACUUAGUACUCUCCAUAUUGUUUCUGUGUCUGAGGAUUCUUUUUUCUGUGUUUUCAAAGAUUGUAUCGAGUGUCCGGGCAUUCUGGGUUUCAUAUGUUCCUCAUUUAAACUUGCAAAUAUUUGGGGAGACAAGCCAAGCGAUGGGACGUGUUCUUCAUGUGAUUGAUGUCAGAAGGAUUUGGACCAAGCUUAGAAUGUGCAAGGCUAGGAACUUUCAUGUUUGGGCUUCAUCUCUGGCUUCCGUUUCUCUUGGCGAGUCGUCAUCAUCAGCGAGGCGGUCAUCUCAAGGUUUAAAUUAACAAAACUUAUGCCAGCCCUGUUGAGGGCGGCAUGAAAGUUUUUAUCUGAACAUCCUCAAGCUGCAGUGAAGCUUGGGAUCACAUGGCCCUCUCUCAAAUUUUAUUGUUAGUGCUGAUAGCUGAAUGUUGUUCUUGUUUGAGCUGGGUUUUGGGAGGAAGCGAACAGGCAUGUAAAUUUUGAGUACAGCUUUUUUAACCCCUGUAAAUUAUUUGUUGUCGGAAGCAAAUUAUACACGCACCACUGCAUUUUAAGCACCUCUCUGUCUCACCCGCAAAUAAAGCCCCUUGUUUCAGGAGAUGAUUCAACUACCGUCUACAAAGUUCAUAUGGCUGGGUAAAAUGAGGGUGGAGGGUCGAGAUUGCGAUAGAGUUCUGUUCAAUUGAUAUGCUGAUUAUGGGAGGAGACGGGAUAUACAAACUACCUGCGAUCCCAGCGGCCGCGCAAAAUACAAAUCUUGAUUUUCAACUUCCUUUCAUUCUUAAACACGAGUCUUAGUACAAAUUGUCAUGUAUAAUUAAUUCUUGUUUGGUUUCUAAAAA